AUGGCUCACAUCGUAGGCCUCAGUGCCCACGAUCGCCCUCCAGAGGUGCUCCAGCUCUGCUAUAAGAAAUAUUCCCGCAUCCCCCUAGCAGAUAUUGACCAUGAUCACGGGAUUCUCGACCUGCAGCGACUGGACCCGGACAACCUGCCGGAGGGACUGACGCUCUCACAGUAUAUGUCCAGUCAGGAUCUCCGGCUGGCGUUCGAUGACUUUAUCCGUGGGAACCAUGCAGCGGCCAAAGAAGACGCGCCUUUGGCUGAGAAUAUCCCUGUUUUGACACACGAUUCCGUCUCUGGUCUUCUGUUGAUCCCCUCUUUAUUCCCACCCACAAUUCAGACUGAAAUGCUAUCGCGUCUUUUCCAUCGAGACUUGCCCAAUCAUGAGCAUCAAACCAAUAUUCAUCUUCAUUACGAUGUGACGUACCCCGACUCGGGCCAAUCGUUCUUCGCGGACGACCCAACUCGUGUUUUCCAUCCGAAGGAUCCCCAGGUUCACAAGCCCGUUACCGUCCAGAGCGUCCUGGAAAAGAAAUUACGUUGGGUUACACUGGGUGGCCAGUACGACUGGUCCGCCAAAGUAUACCCUUCGGAGGCUCCCCGGGUGUUUCCACAGGACAUUGCCAAGCUACUACGUGCUGCCUUCCCGCAAACCGAAGCCCAAGCAGCGAUUCUGAAUCUCUACUCUGCCGGAGACACCCUCAAUGUGCACCGAGACGUGAGCGAGAAGUGUGACGUAGGUCUGAUCAGUGUGAGCUUUGGAUGCGACGGAUUAUUUCUAGUGAGCCAUGACGAUGGCAAUGGUUGCGAGAUCAUUCGCUUGCGAUCGGGCGAUGCGGUCUACAUGAAUGGCAAGUCGCGGUUUGCCUGGCACGGCGUUCCCAAGAUUUUGCCAUCGACUUGUCCCCAAUGGUUGACCGACUGGCCAUCAUCCGGGGAGAAUGUGCCGGGAGCUCCACCCGCUCCUUUUGAGAUGUGGAAGGGCUGGAUGUCCGGUAAACGGAUCAAUCUCAAUGUGCGGCAGAUGACCAGUUCUUCCGCUUCAUAA